UGUUAUCAAUCUUAAUAACACGUGAGCCUGUAAAAUGAUAGAGUCAGAGUACGAGUGGAAUAAAUCGAAAGCUAUAGCGCCCCAAUAACACUAUUUUUCAUGAAGCCUAAGGGAAAAUUCCAGCUUUUAUUUGAAGCUUUGCUAAAGACUGACAUUGAUCUAUCCAAGGUUUCUGUUUCUAGGUUCAUAAAUUACCUCCAAAUUUUUACUUGGGAUGCUUCCCAGCAAACACUGACUUUGAGGGGGACCACAGACAACUGUUUCACAUUUUGCGAUCCUCCCUACGAUUUUUCCCCAAAAUGUCUGCAGUAGACCUAAAGAAGAUGCCAGCUGAGUUGUUCAAAAAUACCACUCACUAAUUUCCCUCCUACCCUCUGUACUCUUUCCAGGGUAUGUGCCUCCUUUGUGAAGCAUGGACUCACCGCUUGUAUGAGGUCUGACAUAUGUUGCACAGAGUACUUGGAACGUACCCUCUUCUAGUCGAAAAGUCUGAGCUGCGGGUCGAUUACAAUUUGGCGUUGUUUUUAAGUCAUGGCUUACAAUAAUUCCUAAGUCCUUUUGUCCCCUAACAUCUGGCAGUUCUGUGUCCCCCAAGGAGUACUACGUGUAAGACUUUUGACCUAGGUGCAUUAGCGCGCCUUUCUUGAAAUUAAUUUCCAGACUCCAAAGGUAUUGCAGCAAAGUUCUGCCUUGAAAAGAAGUGUACUAAUGACUUGCAUAUUCAAACUGGGCUCUUGUGAACGCCGAUUGUACUGAUAUAUCUUGUUGGUAUGGAGCAGUAUACUAUUCUUGGACGUAUCGGUGAAGGUGCACAUGGGAUUGUUUUGAAAGCUAAGCAUAUAGAGAGUGGAGAACUCGUUGCCUUAAAAAAGGUCCCUUUACGUAAACUUGCAGACGGAAUUCCAAACACAGCUCUACGAGAGAUAAAAGCUUUACAAUUCAUUGAAUUUAGCCCUUAUGUUGUCCAUUUGAGAGAAGUCUUUCCUCAUGGCACUGGCUUUGUUCUUGUCUUUGAGUACAUGGUUACGGAUCUCAGUGAAGUUAUAAGAAAUUCACAACCUCCUCUUACUGAAGCACAGGUAAAAUGUUAUAUGUUAAUGAUAUUGAGGGGAGUCGAAGUUAUGCAUGCCAAUGGUAUAAUGCACAGGGACCUUAAGCCUGCCAACUUACUUAUUAGUUCUACAGGUAUCCUAAAAAUUGCAGAUUUUGGUCUUGCAAGAGUUUUUGAAAACAGCAGUGAGCGUCUGUAUAGUCAUCAAGUGGCUACAAGAUGGUAUCGAGCUCCUGAGCUUUUAUAUGGAGCCAAGAAAUACACAAAUAGCGUUGAUUUAUGGGCUAUUGGAUGUAUCUUUGGUGAACUACUUAAUAAUUCUCCAUUGUUUCCAGGCGAAAAUGAUAUUGAACAACUAUGGUUUGUUGUCCGUGUGCUGGGUACUCCAAGUGAAGAUGUAUGGCCUGAAAUAAAAGAACUACCUGAUUACAACAAGAUAAGUUUCAAUGUGUGUGAAACUAUUCCAUUUGAAGAUGUUCUCCCAAAUGCACCAAUUGAAGCGAUUGAUCUUGUUCGUAAGUUUUUGGUAUAUCCACCACACCAAAGAAUCACAGUAUCUGACGCAAUAAAACAUCCUUAUUUCACCACAGAUCCACUCCCAGCUCAACACUCUGAACUUCCUGUGAUUACUCCAAAUCGCACUACUUUGCCACAUCCUCAAGAAACUUAUGAAGUUUGCCUAACAACGCCUUUGAAAUCAAUUCUUGUCGAUCACCAUUUGCUCAAGGAAGGUGUCAGAUUACUUGAUAAUACAUCCGAGAACCAUUCAAAUAAUUCAACACAUCUUCACAGCAAAUCACCAAACCAGAUAGCCAUUCCAUUGUAAUGAUAUAAAGCGAAUGAGUUGGUCAUUCUGUUAUGGUUCUGAAACGGUGUAUAUUUAUGCCAGUGGUUGUUAUCCUCAGAAGCAACAAUACACCUGUGUCACUUUUUAUGGACUUUCUUCGUCUCUAAUAUCCUACUUCUUUUGUAAAUAAUUAUCAGGAGAAUUAACUUUAAUUGAAGUGUCAUUAGAAUAUAUUAAAGGUGUGUAAAAAAUACAUAUCAUAUUUUGUAAUUUUCUAUUUAUCAAAUUCCAACUGUUUUAUUUAAACAGU